UAAACAUCUAAGCUGAAUUAGAAAUCAUGAUUAAUUGAAAGUAAGAAAUUUGGCAACAACGCAACGAGCAGCACGUUGUAUCAAGAAGCAUGCUGGAAGGAAAACGAAGAGUAUAAAUCAACAAACAUUUUAUAAAAUGGCUUUGGAAGUUUCUAAAUUGCGAAAUUUUGCUGUGGAGUUAUAUAAAAUAAACGCAGUGAAAUUUGGAGAGUACAAAACGAAAGUUGGGCUGAUGACUCCCGUUUAUUGCGAUUUAAGGGUCAUUAUAAGUUAUCCUAAAUUGAUGGCUACAUUAGCAGAUUUAUUAAUUGAAAAAUUGCCAGAGAAAAUUGACGUAAUAUGCGGAGUUCCUUAUACCGCACUACCAAUUGCAACGUCGAUUUCCUUAAAGACGGCGACUCCAAUGGUCAUGCGACGCAAAGAAGCGAAAGACUAUGGUACCAAAAAACUGAUAGAAGGAGUCUUUGAAACAGGAAACGAAUGCUUAAUUAUCGAAGACGUUGUAACGUCGGGAAGCAGUAUCCUGGAAACGGUGAAAGAUUUAACCAAUGCCGGAUUGAAAUGCACAAACUCGAUCGUUCUCUUGGAUCGAGAGCAAGGUGGACGGACUAUCUUGGAGAACAACGGUAUCAAAAUGCAUUCCUUAUUGACCUUAACUGAAUUGAUUGGAUUCUUGAAGGAGGCCAAUUGCAUUGGGGAUGAUAUGGUUCUCAAAGUGAAGGAAUAUUUGAGACAGACGCAAGUUGAUGCUACAACAAUUAAGAAACCUCUCCUUGAAAAUAGACUAAAGAUGUCAUUUGAGUCGAGAAUCCCACUGGCGAAAAAUCCCGUAGCUGCCAAUCUGUUGAGGAUAAUGUCCUCAAAACAAACAACUUUAUGCUUGGCAGCAGAUUUGACGGACGCAACAGCCCUAUUAAACUUGGCAGAAGAAACUGGACCAUACAUUUGUGCUUUGAAAACUCACAUUGACAUAAUAAAUGAUUUUAAUGAAAGUUUGAUUGGCCCUUUGCGAGAUAUUGCAAGGAGACAUAACUUUUUACUAUUUGAAGACAGAAAAUACGCUGACAUCGGUAAAACUGUACAGUUACAGUACAGUGAAGGAAUUUAUAAAACUUCGAGUUGGGCAGAUUUAAUAACGGUCCAUUCGAUUGCGGGCACACCAGUUUUGGAUGCUAUACGGUCGGCAUCGGGUUUAGAAAGUCGAGGAGUUUUUCUUGUUGCUCAGUUGAGCAGUUCUGGGAAUCUCAUUGAUGCUGAUUACACUAAAAAUACUAUAAAGUUAGCUGAAGAAAAUCAAGAUUUGGUUGUUGGUUUAGUAUGUCAAAUGCCAUUAGUUUUGAACCAUCCAGGAUUGAUGCAGUUGACGCCGGGCGUAAAAAUAAACAAGACAGGGGAUGGUUUGGGCCAGAUAUAUGACGGGCCGGAAUCUGUAGUUUUAGAAAAGGGUGCGGAUGUAGCGGUUGUCGGAAGGGGCAUUACGGAGGCGGCUGACAAGGCAAAGACAGCAAAGACGUACAAGGAGUUAUUAUGGAAGGCGUACGAAAAUAGGAUACUGUAAUAAUUUGCGUCACCAUUCCACAUAUUAAGUUUAUAUUCUUUUAUGUAUUAACAAAACUUUCCAAUAAUAUUGUGAAAAAUAAUAUAAAUUUAUAUUGUUAUUAGAUCACACAAACCUUAAAAUAUAUUAUUCUGUUUAUCAAAGUAAUUUUUUUAAUUAAAUAGUACAUAUAAAUUGGAACGCUAUGUGUAAGAUAGUCUUAAAAUUUUAAUACAAAUGAAUUAACGAUAUAAACGUUGGUAAAAUUUGACUGCAUUGAACUAAAAAUGUGACAUUUGUCAAACAUUGCGUCCUAAAUUUGUCAGUUGGCCGAAGUCAGUCACACGAGUAUAAAAAAGAACAACACGAAAGGAAAAUUUACGUCGAACUAUGUCACUCCAAAACACUCAAUAAUAAUGAUCGAUAAAAAGAAAUUACUGAAACUCAGACUUGAAUGGCGGAUACAAAAAUGAAAACCCACAAAUACCAACGGUAUUUGCACUCGAAGGUGCGCAAACCAAGAGAAGAGUCCUCACGUACUUACCUAAAAGCUGUCGAAUAUGCAAAAUACACUGAUCAAAGAGAAGAAUCGAAAGAGACCGGUGAUCACCCGAUGUCCAUAUUAAAAAGCAUUUUUUCCAGUGAAAUUUUUCAUAAUCGAAUAAGCGAAGAGUCGUACAGUUUUAAGAGAGAUCCAGACGAAGCGAUUCGUGAUAUCGAUACAAAAAAUCUCUUUGAUUAUGACACUGCCAUUCACAAACUGCAAAGUUACAAGGUCAGCACGAGUGAAGAAAGGGCAGAAAAAUUCGAGAAACAAGAACCAAAAACUGUGACUAUAGAUUCGGAUGCACCCUUCGAUUGUUCCGACACAAGUCAUUUUCAUAUCAACAUCGAAUACGGGGAUAAGGAUAACGCUAAAGAUGUAAAGAGACACAGACAUAUUUUGGUGAACAAGGACGGAAGUUCGCCGAUGAAAUUCAAAAUCAUAAUGAAGUCUGAAAGUGACGCAUGCCCUUGUGAAAUCGGCACUGUCAAGAACAAUGUCCAAACACAAUACGAAACAAAUUCGCUAUCUAACGAUUCUACUGUUUCGAAAAACGUCGAUACUAAAAUACAGACCGACGACCAUUCCAAGAGAGAGGAAUAUAAGAGAAAAGUAUGUACAAAGGACACCUGCACCUCCGACUCGAAGGUCCCCUGUUGUUGCAAAUCAAAAAAAAAUCACGAAGGAAAAAUCUACAAAACCAACAGAAAAACAUCACCCUGUGCUCCGUCCAUCCGACCGACCAGAAAAUCAAGAUCUCCUAUGACUGCACAUACUUCUGAUGAAGAGCAUGUCGAGGAAGAGGACAAAGACAAAAAAACUUCGAAAGAACAACAAACGCUACUUACAUGUGUCGACAGUUUUCUAUGUAAUUUGAUAGGUGGUAAAAAAAAAGUUGACCCUAUGGAAAAAAAGAGCAGUUCAUCUUUAUCGUCGUACUGCGCGAAAAUUUUGGAAAAGGCCACCGAGAAAUCACAAAAGAAAUCACUUAAUCCUCCGAAAAUGACCUCGACAUCAACAGAAAUGGACUCUGGUCACAUUUGGAAGUGCUUCAGCAGAUGGAUGAAAAAAGAAUCGCCCAGAUGUGAACAGAAGGAGAAUACAGAUUCUGUCGAUGUGAUUUACCAUAAUCCUAAAAAUAAGAAAGUCGGAAUCGUGCCCCUUUGCAAAGGCGAUAAGGAAAAAGACAAAGACUUGGCUUUGAUAGUGAGAAUUAGCAAAACAGACUUGUCCGAAGCGUUGAGUCAUCUAUGCGAUGUCAAAAAUAGCAAGUUGACUGAUGCCGAAGUAGACGGCUUAAAACAGUAUAUUAAAAGGCGUAAGUCAUUUGAAAAUUGGCUUAAAUUAAAAGAUAUCGACGAGGCUGAGAACAAAGGAGACGCUGCGGAAAAAAGAAAGGAGAAAGGUCACGAGUCCAAUUAUUGUGCAAGACACGGCAGAAAAUGUCGCAGUUGUAAAAGAUACCAACAACGUUAUCAGAGUCUGAAUUAUAGUUUCGGAGAAGAAGAACAAAGGGAUAAAAAGAGUAGACGGAAAAGGGAGAAAUCAAGGAGUAAGGGAAUUGGAGUUGGAGCGGAUAUUCCCUGCAGGUGUGAUUGUCACGACAAUAAAACGGCGGGGGGACAAAAUUUAUUUAAACGCACCACGAAUGUUUUCAAAAGUUUUGUUUACAGAUACAAUUUAGGUGGUGGCGGUGAUUGUAAAUGUUGUUCGAAUAAAUGAGGAUAUUUGUCCCAUGUUUCGGAGAAGUGGAACAAUGAACCUUUUUCCUUAAGAAGAGUAAAUUCAGUUGUUUUCAAAUUCGAUUCAAUUGCUAAAUUCUCGAAAAAUUCAAGUUCUUAUGAUUUUGGACGAAGUCGAAGAGGAAAUCAAUAUGAAAAACAUGUUUAUGUUUAGUUCAGUUCAGAAUCGAAAUUUUAAUUAGAAAUAAUCAGAAGAUUGUCGAUUGGAAAUUGAAUAGCUUGCAAGAUUCUACUUAAAACGAGGGAAAUACCUUACUUUAUAAUAAUAAUAAUAAAAACAUAUUGAUUUGGAUUCUUUGAAAGACAUUUUGAUCCCACAGCAACGGACUGUCGAAGAAAAAAUGAAGAAUGUUUGAAAUUUGACCAAAAAAACAAGUAAUUACAUGUACGAUUAAAAGAAACUUGAAAAAAUUUGAAAAAUAUUAAUGUUAAGAUAAAAAUAAAAUAGACAAUCAAAUCAGUACGUUUUAAAACCUUCCACUGAAACAUUUCGGUACUAAAAUGGCAAUUAAACAAUUGGAAUCAAAGAAUGUUUUUCUGAAAAUGACAUUAUCAGUACAGCUAAAAAUUGUGGCCGCGAAAGUAAAGAAGGAAUCGAUUCUCUAAACGAAUUCAACGAUUUGAAUAAAAGCAGUAUACCUCAUGACUUAGUCAUAUUUAAAAUAUUUAAAAUAUGUUACUCAGAAAAGUCAAAGAAGAAACGGGGAGAAAAUGAAAGAUCGUCGUUUACAAAAUUUAGUAGGUACAAAUACUUAAUCUCCAGUGAUACAAGAAAAUAAAAUAACAGAAAAAACUAAGGAAAAAAUAAAGAAAGAAAAUAUAAAAUUGAAAAAACAUUUGAAGAUAUUGAAAGGUUGAAAAUAAAAAAUAAAGCACCUGAGAAGAGUGAAAUAGAGGAAACACAGCAGAAAAGCAACAGUAAAAAUAACAAUUUGUUAGAAAAAAUAAUUGAAGACGUAUAAGAAAUUGAAGAGAAAAAUAAAUUACAAAAAUUUUUUUGAAAAUUACGAAUUAAAUGAAAAUAAUAGUAAAACUCUAUUCAUUUGAAUGCAAUAAAAGUGAAAGAAAAAAUAUCACAAAUGACCCAAAACCUUGAAACAGUAUAAUGACAAGAUGAUUAAAGUAAAAAUAAAAAAGUAAAGAAUGAAAGCAUUCUUAAUUUAUAAGUCGAGAUCAACAACAAAUAAAACACAAUACAAAAGAAAAUAUUUGUAAACUAAAAAAAUUUAAACCAAUUUGCGAUUGUACUGAAUAUUGUGCUCAACAUCAGAUUCAGAUUUUAACAGAAAUAAAUCUUUAAUCAUUCCAAAACUUUGUGACAUUCAAGGAAAAACAUGUAAAGAAAAAAAUUUUGAGUGUUUUAUGGAAAACGAUGCAAAAUUUUCGAAAAAAGAAAUAAAUUCUGGUUGAAAAACAAAAGAAGGUAAAAGAAAAAAGGACCGCCAAUUUCGUAAUUACCACAAUCGACAUCGUACAGUAACAAUUUGUAUCCGUUGGAUUUAAUUAUAAAGGGAAUAUUGAAUCGAAGCAUUUGUGUGGUGCGGAAAAUCGCGUUUCGUUACAUAGAUCGAAAACAUUCAUUUUUCCAAACUUUAAACUCGUGUAAUCCAAAUUUGUUAUAGUCUUUAAAGUUCGUUAAUAAAAUCAUUUACAUCAAUUUGAA